GAAUGUGAAUGUCUCAUUAUUCUCCUUCUAUUCUGACUAUCACAGCAAGAGGUUGUUAUUGACUUGACUAAUACAUUUGCGCCACGUAGAGUAUCUCAGUAGCUGGCAGUAGCAUUCCUCACAUGAUAACCCAGAAGAGAAGUAACAUAUGAACAUAUCCCUCUAAUCUAACCCAACAGCAACAGCAACAGCAACAGCUAACACACACUCCAAGAAAGGUCGACGAUCAAACCAGAAUGGAGCUGCUCAUUACCUUAUCAUGUUUUCUCAUUCUUGUUUCAGUUUCUGGUAAUUCCGUUCUUGCCUACAAGAACCUCACGGUGGGCGACUCCUUGGGUUGGUACGAUAACCAAGUAAAGCCUGAUGUUGAUUACCAGAAAUGGGCUGCAGCCAACAACUUCAGCUUGGGAGAUUUUCUCAUUUUUAACACUGAUACAAACCACUCGGUCGUUCAAACCUAUAACGUGACAAUUUACAAGUUGUGCGAUUAUGACAAUGCCGAGGAGAAGGAUGCAAUCCAAUGGUCGCAAUCUGACCCGUCAAACACCGCCACACAUGAUGUGUCAGUGGCAGUUCCUUUGUUGAAAGAGGGCGUCACGUAUUUCUUUUCCGGUGAUUAUGAUGGCGAUCAGUGCAAGAACGGGCAGCACUUCAUGAUAACCGUUACCCAUGGGCAAGGCUUGCCUAAGAGUGGAGACGAUUCCACGGCAGGACCAGCAAGCAGUCCACAAUCAGGCAAUGGUGACGAUGAGUCGAUCCCGGAGACAAUUGUCCCUCAUUCCAACUUCAAUGAUCCCAAAGAAGAGGAUGAUAGUGAUAAUGAUAAAGAGACAUCUGGAUCCGUUUCAUUUUCAAUUCCUCAUGUACAAGGCAAUCUGAUUUUCUUUUUGCUAGGUCUUGUGUACUUUUUGUGCUCAUGAUUUAUGUCUUUCUUUCUGUUUUCGU